UCCAUGGAGCCGCGACCGGCGGCCCGAGGAACGGCGAUGGCGCCGCUGCUGGAGUACGAGCGGCAGCUGGUGCUGGAACUGCUGGAAGCCGACGGGCUGGUGGUGUGCUCCCGCGGGCUGGGCGUGGACCGGCUGCUUUACCACUUCCUCCGGCUGCACUGCCACCCGGCCUGCCUAGUGCUGGUGCUCAACACGCAGCCCGCCGAGGAGGAGUAUUUUAUUAGUCAGCUGAAGCUCGAUGGUGUUGAUCACCUCCCUCGACGGGUCACAAAUGAGAUUGUCAGUAACAACCGCUAUGAAGUUUACACCCGUGGUGGAGUCAUUUUUGCAACCAGCCGAAUCCUUGUGGUCGAUUUCUUGACGGAUAGAAUACCUUCAGAUUUAAUUACUGGCAUCCUGGUGUAUAGAGCUCACCGAAUAAUUGACUCCUGUCAAGAAGCCUUCAUCUUGCGCCUCUUCCGCCAGAAAAACAAACGUGGUUUCAUUAAAGCUUUCACGGACAACGCCGUUGCCUUUGAUACUGGCUUUUGCCACGUGGAAAGAGUGAUGCGGAAUCUCUUUGUAAGGAAGCUCUAUCUGUGGCCAAGGUUCCAUGUAGCAGUACACUCAUUUUUAGAGCAGCACAAGCCUGAAGUUGUAGAAAUUCAUGUUUCCAUGACGCCUGCCAUGCUUGCAAUACAGACCGCUGUGCUGGACAUUUUGAAUGCUUGCCUGAGGGAGCUCAAGUGCCACAACCCGUCGCUCGAAGUAGAAGAUUUAUCUUUAGAGAACGCCAUUGGGAAACCUUUCGACAAGACAAUCCGCCACUACUUGGAUCCUCUGUGGCACCAGCUUGGAGCCAAGACUAAAUCCUUGGUCCAGGACUUGAAGAUAUUACGAACUUUGCUUCAGUAUCUCUCUCAGUACGACUGUGUCACAUUUCUUAAUCUUCUGGAGUCUUUGAGAGCAACUGAGAAGGCUUUUGGUCAAAAUUCAGGUUGGCUGUUUCUUGACUCCAGUACCUCAAUGUUCGUCAAUGCUCGAGCGAGGGUUUAUCAUGUUCCAGAUGCCAAAAUGAGUAAAAAAAGCAAAUUGUCUGAGAGCACAGAGAUUAAAGAAGGACAAGAAACAAAAAAGGAGCUGGUUUUAGAAAGCAGCCCAAAGUGGGAAGCCCUCACGGAAGUGCUCAAAGAAAUUGAAGCCGAAAACAAGGAGAGUGAAGCCCUUGGUGGUCCAGGUCAAGUGCUUAUUUGUGCGAGUGAUGACCGGACAUGCUCCCAGCUGAGGGAGUAUAUCACCACUGGAGCGGAGGCCUUUCUCCUGAGGCUCUACAGGAAAACCUUUGAGAAGGACAGCAAAGCCGAAGACGUGUGGAUGAAAAUUAGGAAGGAGGACCACUCCAAGAGAAUUAUGAAAUCCAACAAAAGAGCCGCCAAAGACCCCCAAAACAAAGAGAAGGCUUCUACCAAAGAAAGAAGGCUCAAAAAGAAAAAACGGAAGUUGACUUUAACCCAGAUGAUGGGCAAGUCGGAAGAACAGGAAGGUGAGGAGGGGGUGGCGGAGGAGUAUCACAGAGAAGUAAGCAGCAGCCAGGACAGCGGCCUGGACGACGUCAAGCAUGAAGACUUUGAUCUGAACCUGUCUUCCGAUGCUGCAUACGGAAUCCUGAAAGAGCCCCUCACCAUCAUCCACCCCCUCCUGGGGUGCAGCGACCCCUAUGCUCUGACGAGGGUUCUCCACGAAGUCGAGCCCAGAUACGUCGUCCUCUACGAUGCCGAGCUGACGUUUGUCCGGCAGCUUGAAAUCUACAGGGCAAGCAGGCCCGGGAAGCCUCUGAGGGUUUAUUUUCUCAUAUAUGGAGGCUCGACUGAGGAACAGCGCUAUCUCACGGCUUUGCGAAAAGAGAAGGAAGCUUUUGAAAAGCUCAUAAGGGAGAAGGCUAGUAUGGUGAUCCCUGAAGAAAGAGAAGGCAGAGAUGACUCCAACCUGGACUUAGCAAGAGGCAGCACCUCAGCCAGCACUCCCACGGACACUCGGAAAGCAGGUGGCCAGGAACAGCGCAAGACCCAGCAGAGUAUCGUGGUGGAUAUGCGUGAAUUCCGGAGCGAGCUGCCCUCUCUGAUCCACCGCCGGGGCAUUGACAUUGAACCCGUGACGUUGGAGGUGGGAGAUUACAUUCUGACUCCAGAAAUGUGUGUGGAGCGCAAGAGUAUCAGUGACUUGAUCGGCUCCUUAAACAACGGCCGCCUGUACAGCCAGUGCAUCUCCAUGGCCCGUUACUACAAGCGCCCGGUGCUCCUGAUCGAGUUCGACCCCACUAAGUCUUUCUCGCUCAUGUCCCGAGGGGCCUUGCACCAGGAGAUCUCCAGCAACGACGUGAGCUCCAAGCUCACGCUGCUCACCCUGCACUUCCCCCGGCUCCGGCUCCUCUGGUGCCCCUCGCCUCACGCAACCGCCGAGCUGUUCGAGGAGCUAAAGCAGAACAAGCCGCAGCCUGAUGCCGCCACCGCCAUGGCCAUCACAGCGGACUCCGAGACCCUCCCCGAGUCAGACAAGUACAACCCCGGCCCGCAGGACUUCUUGUUAAAAAUGCCCGGAGUCAACGCCAAAAACUGCCGCGUGCUGAUGAACCACGUGAAGAACUUGGCGGAGUUGGCCACCUUGUCCCAGGACAAGCUCGCAGGUAUCCUGGGGAAUGCGGCCAAUGGCAAGCAGCUCUACGACUUCAUCCACACCACGUACACAAACGUGGUGGCCAAAGGGAAGAUGAGAAAAUGA